AUGCCGCCCCCACGUCCCGGCACACCAGCACCGCGCCCCGCGCUCUCGCCCACAUCGUACCCAGCCAUCUGGGACGAGAUCCUGCAUCACGCCGACGAGUCAACCUACCCCGCCCUGCGCGCGACGUGCACCGACCUCCACGCGCGCAUCAGCAGCAAGCUGUACACGCACGUAGCGGUACGCAUCGUCAAGUCGGGCACCGGGGCCACCGUCGAGCCGCAGCACCCAUGUACGCGCCGCCGGGUGCCGGGGCUCGACUUCAACGGCGGCGCUGCUGCCCGCGCGCUUACCCUCGCGCGGCUCAAAGCCCACUGCGUGGUGCUCGACGAGGUCGCGCACGGCCAGUACAUGUACCCGGUUCUCGAUGGCCUCCGCAGGCUCGACAUUGACGCGCUCUUCGAGCUCGGGCGGGCCUUGGGGGGCGUCACGACUCACCGGUACUACGGCAACACGUACAUGCCGAGCGUGUUCGACCUGCCCUCCGCGGCCCGGCUCGUGGCCUUUAUCGAGCCAAAGGCGAACAUGAGCGUCUACGUCCCCCUGCCGGUCGCGGAAAGCGAGUUCGCAAACUUAUUCCAGGCGUUCCCUGGCCCCGCGGCGCGUGUAGUCGUCCUCAACUUCCCGCUCAACGGAGUCGCCGUGCGCGCCGACCACCUCUCCCGCGUGGACCACCUCUCGUCCGUCUUCGUCAUCGUGCGCGCUGGCACCGCGCCGCCCAAGGCGCAUCCGCCGCAGAACACGUUCGGCGUGCUCUCGAGCCUGCUGCUCAGCGUUGCGGCCUUGCUCCCCCGCGUCAACUUUGCCUUCCUCGGGCUCGAAGACGUGUCCGACAAGUGGGUGAGCAAUGACCCGCUCCCCGUCCGGUGGGACGAGCGCCGGCACGCCCUCCGCAGCAUGAUUGGGUUCGCUGUGCGCCGGUUUCAGGUCAUCGAGGCGGACGAGGACUUUGACGACUGGUCGAACCGCAUGGUUGCCGGUGACGACCUCGCCAACGGCCAGAUGAGGGCGCUGCUCGGCGCCAUCACUGUCGACACGGUCGCGUCCCUGCGCGAUAGGGGAGGGGACGAGCUGUACCGCCGCUUCACUGUCCCGCCGGAGCAAAGCACCGGGUAG